GGAAUGACCUUUAAUCAAAACAAUAAGCCUUCAUUUUUAGAAAUAACUCGAUCUCGGCAUUGGUCUGUUGUUGAAGCCUGAACAGAACACACAAACAACUCUGUAUACUAAGGAAGAAGAAAAAAAAUAGACCGUUUUUACGCAGCAAAAUGUGUAUCUCCGAUUUAAGGAAUUUAUUUUGCUCAUAAUCGUCAAAGGAGACGCAUAGCUUCUCUUUAAAUUAUUACCAAAGUAUUUCUUUUCAUUCGUCAAUCAUUCUGUACAGAAUGACGCUUUUACAGUUAUCUAUCGUCUUGCUUUGUAGCGUCUUCGCGGUGUCCCUGAAAAAUGUCUGGCCAGAUGGUGGCAACAGUGGGAUACCCACACCAAGUCACGCGGUUCGCAACAACGAUUCUCUCAAGAACUGUGAUUGUUCUGUUGAUUUCCUGGAUAAAGUGGUCGAUUGCUCCCAGAGGCAGUUGAGAGAUGUGCCCAAUGAUCUAAUCCUGGAUCUUCGUUCACUUGACCUAACAUCAAACCUGAUCCAAAGACUGAGGAACACGUCCUUCGUCCGGUACUCUCUUUUAGAGACACUCAAUCUGUCUAACAAUCUCAUCAACAUAAUAGAAUUAGGGACUUUCUUUCCCCUUGAACAACUUACCUUCUUGAUACUUGACAAAAACCCCAUUUAUAUGCUUCCCAAUAGUGAUAUAUUUCGGGAGUCCAAACGAUUAUCAACGCUGUCCAUGUCAUCUUGCAACUUAACGUAUUUUCCAAAUGAAACCCUUGGAUUAUUGCCUCAGAUAAAAGUUCUCAUAUUGUUUGAUAAUAAACUAACAUAUCUAAAUAUUUCAAAGUGUCCCGAAGGAGCACUGACUCAAAUAAAUCUCCGGCUUAACUUACUUCAGGAAUUGUCAGCCGAAAGUCUAAGAUUGUCCUGCAGAACAUACUCUCUUUUAUUAUGUCAGACUAGUUAUAAGAAAAUUGACGCCGCUGCUAUUGCCAGUUUGCCCAUUCGUUCUUUGUCAUUCGAGCUUGUGCUACCGUAUUCAGGGUUAACGUUUGAUGUUUGGGAACAAUUGUUUACAGGUAUAGCUUUGUCGGAGAUAGAUAAUCUGGACCUUGUGAAUGCAGUCCUGGUCGGUGAUCUACCCCAUAACUUCUUUGAUCCAUUGAGGGGUAAGAGGCUUUACCUAUACCUGUACAAUGCUUGGUUCAAAUUAUACCCAUCAAUUUUUUCCAGUCUCACAGCUGUUUAUAAGAUGAAGAUUUAUCGCCUUGAUAUAGACGUUCUACAGCCAUCUUUCUUUGAUGGUAUGAGCGAACUUCACAGCCUUUCACUUGUUGCCACAGAGAUGAAGCAAUUAAACCCUUCGGGGGCUCGUUGGAACAUUGAUCUAACAGAAUUGGAUUUGUCUGAGAACAAUUUGGUAAUGCUAAAUAACCAAGUAUUUUGGGGUCUGUAUAACCUUGCAUACUUGGACCUGACUUACAACCCAAUGUUAGCUAAUUUUCCAUCUUUACCAUAUGUUAUUGGACUUCAGAACCUACGAACGUUGAUUGUUUCCCGUACUAGAAUUUCCAAAAUGCGCUUAGAUACACUAUUUCUUGAAAACUUUUUAUUCACCUCAAGGCCAUACGACUGGGAUCGCUCUGCAUCUGCAUUUAUUCCUGGCCAAACGUUCCAGUAUACACCGUCCCUCAAAUUUAUCAAUUUAACUUCCUCGUUUGUUGAAAUGCGAGAGCUGUGGGAUUCGUUUAGGAAUAUCUCUCUCUUUAACGGACUUCACAAUCUAACGUAUCUGGGACUGAAACAAAAUCGUCUUAAGAGGAUACCAGCAGGGGUCUUUGACGACCUUUCCGCGCUGCAAGUUCUAGAUUUGACAGAUUGCCAAGUUUCUGCAAUGGAUUCAGGAUCUCUUGAUUCACUGACCUCCUUGACAGUACUCUUUCUGCAAGAUAAUAACUUACAAAUACUUCCAAUGCAUAUCUUGGACAACCUGAUACAUUUGAAUAUCUUUUCAAUAAAUGACAAUGCAUUGUUUUACAUUGACGAAUAUUUUUUCAAUAGCACAACUAUGAUAACAUCAUUAGAUAUUGGUAGAAAUCAACUAAGCGUUUUCAAUAAGACAACAUUUUCCCGAAUAUCAAGCACGCUAUCUUCAAUCGAUCUGUCGCAAAAUCCAAUUGAAUGCUCUUGUAGAUCUAAGUGGUUGAUUAAGUUGCUGCGUGGAAUUGAGGAAAUUCAAAACGUAAAGCAAACAACAUGCUCAUAUGCAUCAGAGAAACAUUUCGGGGGAGAGGAACUGGUGUCCAUUCAUCCAGACGAUCUCUGCUUGAAGAAGUUUGUUAUUUCCGUUCCAGCAAUUUUCUCGAUACUAUGUGUCGGUAUCAUCAUUGUCAUCACGUAUCACUUCAGAUGGAGUAUGAAGUACAAGCUUUUCCUGCUAAGACUUGCUGUUUUGGGUUAUGAAGAAAUCUUGGACGAAAAUGAACGAGAGGAUUACGAUUUCGACAUCCAUGUCAUAUCGACAGACGAUGAUUUCAUGUGGAUACAAGAUCACUUGAAACCAACACUUCAAAUGAUCCUUCCGUACUACGAGAGAAGAAGAAUAGUCUUCACUGAAGAUGAUCUUCCCAUUGGAAGACAUCGCUUAGAAGCCAUUGACGAUGUCCUGACUAGAAGCUUCAAAGUCCUUGUGUUGAUGAGCAAAGCUGCCAUUGCUGAUGACUGGUUCCUGACAUGUUUCCGUAUGGCAAUAGAUCAAGGGGACGAUACCCAGACGGAGAAUAUUGUUCUGGUGUUCCUGGAGAAUAUUCAAGAGGAUGAGAUGCCAUUUCUUGUAAGGUUGUACAUGGGAGGUCAAGGACCGUAUCUACAGUGGAUGGAAGAUGAUGAAGAGGGGCAGGAAUACUUCCGAAAAAAAUUGUUCAAAUAUAUGUCUGUUAACCGAAAGCGUAACUAUCUCAUACCUCCAGAAUGAGAAUUUUAUUUUGUUAUUAUUACUUUGCUUGAUUAAAUUAGUAUAUUUUAGUUCCUUUACUUUCAUUUCCAAAUCUCGGUUCUUUAACUCCAUCAUGUCCAUCUUAACGACGGAAUGCUUUAGGCAUUUCGUGAUAAUCUUUACAAUGUCGACAUUCUUAUCAGUUGAAUAAUUUUGGAUAUUCUUUUUAGUCAUUCAUUGCUUAAAAAUUAUGAUUUACAUACUUGUAUUGUAUAGAUGUAGAGAUUUAUGAAGGCAUUUUAUUGUGAUUUCAAGAACUAGUAUUGUCCGCUUGCUUUGAGCAGUUGAGUAAGUUGGUUUAUAUAUUCCACUUAGCCACUCUUACUCUGAUUCGGCAAACCUACAGAUAGUACGGGGUCCGAGAAAUGAACAUAUUUUUUUAAAGGAAAGAGCAACAAAUAGAUCGUAAGAACAAGAUUUGCCUUAUUAGCUUUACGUUCACAUGCCGCUGUAAGUACAUCGAGAAAAAGAUUGCGUGACUUCGCAACGUUUACUCAUGUAAUCACGGUGCGAUAUCACAUAUUGAGUAACUGCGUAAAAACGCGUCCUCUAUUCUACGAAGUGUAGGAUCUACACGUUGUUGUUUUGUCCGGGUAUUUUGCACGACGGUAAAUCAUGAACAGUCACAGUAUUGCUCAUAAGUGACAUGAGUCUUUACACACUUUACCAGCAGUUUUUAAGAUAUUAGAAAUUACAAGCGCACCCGCAUAAAGAUCGCAAUGUGUGUGUGCAACAAAAUAUGCAAGCUAUAGUCCCCCAAGUCCGAAAGUCUCACCUUUCAAAUAAUCUUUACUACAUUCAUUUCAAAGUUGUUACCUAUGAAGCAGUUUAAUCUCCGACCGUAACCUGCCAUUUUUGUUUCGGUAGAUUUUUGCAUUUUCGUAAAACGAGAAAGAUUUCGGCGGAGUUCCAUGGAACCAUUGUUGAAACUGCGAUGGCGUUAGUCUGUUCUCAAUGACAAUCGACAUUUAUAUUGCUAAGCGAUGAAUGAUUCUUAUUUCCCUUGUAGCAUUUCACCAAAGUGUUGACUCACAUAACCCAACAAUUCGUAGAUUUUUGGGGAUGAUAUAUUUUUACUUUUUGUUUAAGAUUGUACGCAAAACGUGAAAGCGCGCCUUGACGUGAUUACAUGCGUAAUCGUUUCGGUUUCGAGCCAGAUUGCGUUCUUUCCAUGAUCGCGCACCGGGUCGUUUGCGUUCUUCCCAUAGGCGGCGCGGAAGCGGGGGGACGUGUCCCCCCCCUAAAUUUAAGGAGGGGGGACGGU